AUGGACAUUGGUACCGAAGAUUUGUACUACUCUGGCUUUGUUGUUGACAAGCCCACCGACGCUCCCUCGAUGCAAGACUCGGCAUACUCUUCUCCCCGACCGUCCUCGUCAUGGCUCUUUCCAGAGAACAUGAGCGACAGUUGCAGCGGCACGUGGUCUUCUCCUACUCCAAGUAUCGCCUAUUCUCCUUCUCCCCGGCCAGACUUUCGUCACCACUACCCUACGUGGUCGCAAGCAAAUGCAGGAUACUGUAUGCAACCAUUCACAUCACUGAACCAAGUUCAAUGUCAACCCGAUGUGUCGGCAUACUAUCAACAAGAGUCUACCUCUCCACCGUACUAUCAUGAUCAGUACCCCCAAUUCCGAUUGUCCGAGGAACAGGCAUUCGACACUCGUGGGGUCGGAGAAUGGACAGCAGCCGAACACGCGCAGGUUCACCCCGAACUGAUCCUGGAGGCACCAUCAGCUCCUUCCUCAACGAUCACGCCUACGAUUGUCUCCACCAACAGCUCCCCUGAGCGACAUGGCUGUCCUCCCGUCAAGCAAGAGGAACCGAUAAAGCACUUCCAUACAUGUCCCAGGUCCUCACCCAGGAAGGAACAAGUCAAUAAAGUCAAGACAGCAUACCCUUGUCCUUUCCUUCCUUACGGCUGUCCAGCAUCCUUCUCCUCCAAGAACGAAUGGAAGCGCCACCUCAACACCCAACACCUUUCUCUCAGUACAUACCGCUGUGACCUCUGCGUCCCCAAGCCCAGUUCCUCUUCCUCACCACAACAGACCAACGACUUCAAUCGCAAAGACUUGUUCAUCCAACAUCUACGCCGUAUGCACUGCAAAACUUCCUCCGAGUAUACGUCAACAAUCUCCAGCGCCAAGACAGCAAGAUACGACUGCAUCGUCAUACCUGAUACACCCGCACAACUGGCCAAACAAGCUGAUCGCUGCUAUAUCCCUCCACCUGCUCCUCCUACAUCUACGCAAUGCAUCUUUUGCUGUUCCACUUUCUCUGGCUCACAAGCUUGGAUCUUGCGUACAGAACACAUUUCUCGCCAUCUCGAGAGACUGCGCCGUGAUGGACAAGAAGUGCCUAAAGUGCAGAAAUGGAGAAGAGAUAUGGAUGUGGAAAGAUGGUGUCUGGUGAGUGGUGUUUUGAUGCUCUACCGAGGGAGAGACGGUACUGGGAGACUGAGAGUCAAGAGUGGAAAGAGAGUAUGA